AUGGAUCGAUUCCAUCCUGGAACGGGCUUCAUGCCUGUUGCAGUUCCGCCGCUAAUCCUGCGCCGUCCACAGCCACGCCCUCAAUUCCCAAAUCAAGGCUAUCUACCCAACGGCACUUCUGGCCCGACCCCAGGAGCGCAGGCUCUUCUUCCCAACAAUGGCCGAAUCAUCCAGUCCGGUCCUGUCCGCGUCCUAUGUAUCGCCGAUGUGAGAGGCAACCUCCGAUCUCUGAACGACCUGGCAAGAACUGCGAGGGCAGAUUACAUUCUACACACCGGUGAUUUUGGAUUCUACGACAACACUUCAUUAGAGAGAAUAGCCGAGAAGACUCUGAAGCACGUCGCGCAAUAUUCACCUCUUCUCAGUGAACCUGUCAAGAGACAGAUCGCUCAACCGAAUCCGCCGCGACCCGUCAAACAGAUGUUCUCACCUGAUCAAAUUCCUCUUUCGGAACUGCCUCUCCUACUGAACAAGCAGAUCACCCUCGACGUGCCGGUCUACACCGUAUGGGGCGCUUGUGAAGAUGUGCGGGUUCUCGAACGAUUCAGAUCAGGGGAGUACAAAGUUGAUAACCUACACAUCAUUGACGAAGUCAAUUCAAGAUUACUGGACAUUGGUGGUGUCAAGCUGCGCUUAUUGGGUCUGGGAGGUGCCGUGGUCAUCCAUAAGCUUUUUGACAAUGGCGAGGGCAAAACAUACAUUGCUGGGGGACAAGGAACAAUGUGGACAACACUGCUGCAGAUCGGUUCUUUGAUCGACACCGCCAACCGAGUCUACGAUCCCUCGGAAACCCGCAUUUUCCUGACUCACGCCUCGCCUGCAAGAGACGGAAUUCUCAACCAAUUGUCCGUGACACUAAAGGCUGACUUCUCAAUCUCCGCUGGUCUACACUUCCGUUACGGCAGCUCCUAUAAUGAGUUCUCCGUGAACCCUUCCUUGGACCACUAUCGUGGCAAAUUGGCUGCUUCAAAGGCCUCGUUCCAGGAUGUGUGGGAAACUGUCAAGAUAGACGUCGAGCAAGCCAUUGAGGCCAAUGCAAGCCACAAACAACUCCUGCACAGUGCUUUGGAUAUCAUCGAAAAGAUGCCGAGCACUGCCAACGGAGGCAAUCCAUUCGGCGGUCCCGUUGGUGGAGGUGCUGCAGGUCAAGUGGACGAGAGUGCUUUCAAAAACAUGUGGAAUUUCAACCUAGCUGAUGCUGCGUUCGGCUAUCUUGUUCUGGAAAUCGAAGGAGGUCGCAUUGGUACAGAAAUGCGUGCCCAAGGCUUCAACUUUGCCCACCGUGGAAAGCAACCCAACAUGGGUCACGCCGGCCAACAACAGCAGGUGACAUCUGCCCAACAAGCUCCGGUCCCAGCUCCACCUGCUGUCGCUCCCACCGGUCCAAGUCAGAAUCGUGCACCUGCGUUCCCAGCUCCGGUUCAGCCUUUCCCGCAACAGCAGAAACCCGGGCAACAGCCAGGCAGAGUCAGUCAAUCAGGUCAACAGGGACCAGGUGCAAAGGCAGCCACUCCCCCAACAACAGGAUCUCCUGCACCACCCGUCACUCAAGCAAAACCCAUGACGCCUCAACCAUCGAGCACCGCUGUGCCAGCUACCACCUCACUGGAUGCCAAGCCUACACCUCCCGCAACAAAUGGUGCAAGUGCAGAUAGGGCAGCUGACGGUGACGCAUCCAAAGCAAAGGGUGCAGCACCUGCUGUUGAGCGCAAGGCGCCUACUGCGCUCUAUAUGUCGUUUGUGGACACGGAGGAGGCUGCCAAAGAAUGCGUGGCAGAGGAGGACCGCGAGAAGGUCAAAUCGAUUGUACGGAUCGGAAAGUUCGGCAAUUGGAAGGUUCAGUUUGAGGAUCACGACACCGCCCAAGCUGCAUUGACACGCGCUCAAACCGAGGUGUUGAAACACAAAGGACCGAAUGGCAAACCUCCCAAGGUUGUGUUCUUUGAGGAACGAGGCGGUGGCACCCACCAGCGUGAUAGCCACAGCCAAGGCGGCGCGGGAACCUGGCAAGGCAGCAGCCGGGGUGUUUCCGCUGCAGGCUCUGGACUAUCUCGAGGAGGCUACCAGAGUGGAGGGGCAAGUGAUAGCGAAGGCGGCCGUGGUCGAGGUGGAUUCCGCGGUCGCGGACGCGGCCGAGGCGACGAUCGAGUUCCUCGUGGUGGUCGUGGUGGACGAGGCGGCUUCAAUAAACCGGCUGAAGGUGCCUUGGACAGCAGACCAUCCAACGAAUCCAAGCCAAAUGACUCCAAGCCAGCGGCAACUUCAGGCGACAGCUGA